UAUCAUCAGUUCAGGAAGCUUUCCAUUAGUGAGCAGAUACACAAACCGACCAGCAGGGGGAGCCUUCUAUUCACAAGUGGUCGUCAAGGUUACCAGACCUUUUUGUAACAACUAGUGCUGAACGGAACUAGCUCAGCAGGAGCUCAGCUACUUUACCGAGUAUAACUUAAAACUCGGCUGAAAACAACCUUCAAACAUAAACCAAGACCUAACCCAAGAAACAACUGUGGGGACUCAUUUGUUUAUUUUUUGUUUUAACAUUAAAACAACCAAAUCAGCACUUAAAUGAAUUCAACACGUCCAAAAUCCUCAAAAGGACGAAGCAGGCCCCCAGCGGACCAUACUGUGCGUGAUACCAGAGAGCACGUCCAGAGUGACCACCACCUGGCCGUGGGGCACCAGUCCGACGGCUGCAUCAGGUCCAGGUCAGACUCUGUGACCGGGAUCACCACGCCGCAAGGCCAGGACUACACAGCAACACCGCUGCAAUCCGUCCCUGCUCGGCUAACACUCUCCCUGAACAAAUACAAGGUGCUUCCAUCCAUAAAAAAACCGUCAGAUGUUAGCCACGCCCUUGUCCCAGAAAUGAAGACAUCCAAGAUUAAACUAUGUGAUCAUGUCAUCGCUCAGCAGCGAAGGCAUAGUCAUGGAGAACCAGGUUGUUAUGCCGAGAAGACCCCGGCAAAGACCCAGACUGCGACCCGGAGUAACCCUGAAAUAGGCCGGGUUGCCCCUGCCCCUAACAAGCCUCCUGACCCAGUCAUCAUGGAGUCCAGAGACGAGACUCCUGCCGUUGUUGCUACAGACCAGUUGCUUCUAGCUAUCAGAGCACCGUGUGGCAGGAGAUUUCAGCAACACUUUUCCUAUGCCGACACCCUGCAGACACUCAUCACUUGUGCAGAAGCCAGAAAUGAAACAAGCUACUCCGAAGCCUUCAUUGAAACUAUGGAUGUGCCUCGAAGGAGCUUCAGGAGAUUGGACAUGACUCUGUCAGAGUGCUGCAUCUUCAACAGAUCAGUGCUGUGCAUCUCUCAGGAGAGACACUCGGAUAUUGCCACAAGCGUAGUUGAUAAUGGGUAAUUAUGUCACAUUCUAAAUGAUGAGCCAUGUAUGGAAAAAUUUACCCGUGAUCCAAAAUUUGAAAGGCAAUUGAGAAAUGAUUUUUGCUCACACACUAGUCACAAGGCAAUACCAUAGUACACUGUCCAAAGAGCUGGCAAUGUGCCAGACAUGUCACUGUAUCUGAUCAAACUGACUUAAACUAUUAUACUCCCCAUUGCCGCUGGUGAAUACAAAGUCCAUCUUCAAGACUUUUGAAUGGCAUCGAGCAGAUAUCUGCACUAACCUGAAUCAAAUACUAAAUCUUAAAACGCAUCUAAUCUUAUUGCUAUCUGCAUAUUCUUAAUGAAUCCAUAAUUGUUGAUUAACAAUAAGUGGUUUCCAUUAUUCGCUUGGAAGCAAACCCUUUAGUGUGGAUAUCUGGCAUGUUAGUAGCAGCCCAAUCAAUAAUACACAACUUGGUGCAGAAAAUUAACCUGUAAUGGACGUUUGAAGUUCAAAAUAUUUUUUUUGAACUGUAUUUUCCCAAAAGCACAAAUGAUAUUGCCGUGUUUUGUUCAAUAAACCAUGUAGAUUGCC